GGUCGCGGUUGGGAACGGCGGUUUUCCGAAGCUGCGGUUUGCUCGGGGCCUUUCGGCUCCUCUUACCCAGGCAGAGGGCACCCGGGCCGCGGUUCCAGCGGCGUUGGGCGCUGCUGAAUUAGGAGAUAAUUUGACAAAAACCCGUCUGGCGGCAAAAUCGGCGCGGGGCAUUACUCUGCCCUUGGUGCGGCGGCAGGACGGGCUGCCCGGCUCCACCGCCAGCGCAUCACGGACGGCCGCGGGUGAAAAAUGGGGGUGCGGGGGUGGAAGGGGCCCCACGGUGUCGAGAGGGCGCAGAUGCUCAGCUCCCGGGAACGAAAAGGAAAACUUCUGUGUUUUAGAAAACCGUAAGUUAGAUGGAGCUAUUUAGCAUAUUUGUAUCCAGCUGGGUGCUUGUGAUUUUGCUGCGAGUUUCUAUCACAAAUAUGUGCGUUUUGGCGGGGAGAUCAAAUGGAUGUAGCAGUUUGCGAGUCGUCUGAGUGUUGAAGGAGGUGAAAGGUGACUUAUGCCUCAGGUGGGAAUACAUUCUGCAGAAAAGCCCAACCACUUCUGCAAGCUUCAGCUGGCCGGCUGUCUUACAAACAGCGCUCGGGGCAAUCGCCGUGAUUGCUCUAUUUAGAGAUCUAAUUGGGAGAGGUGGAAAUCUGUGAUUAAACUAUAAUAAAAUAAAACGUUAUAUAGCUGUUCAGCUAGAGGCAGUCUUUGUCUUGCUUGCAUGUUGGUAGAUGCCUUCAUCAGGGUUGGAAAACCUUGCUGUUCCUUUUCAUUUGGGAUGCCCUUCCUGUCAGCAGAAGCCUCUUUCUCCUGGUGGUUUACCUCAGUGGAAUAAGCUGUGUUGGCAAAGGAAUUUUUUGGUGGUACAACCAUACCUACUGCUUGUUCUAACGAGGUUACGUUAGCCUCUGCUUGCAACGUGGUGAAGCAGAGGGCAUCUUCAGACCAGCUCCUCCCUCCCACAGAAGGGGGCUGGAGAAGGGUGCAAGAACAGCAAACACACAGUAUGUGAGCAUCUCUGAUAUAUUCUAGCGAUUUGUGGCUUGAAGGCUCCUUCAGCUGGAGACAGUCUUUCUAGCUUUCUAGUAGGUGUUCUUGCUAUUAAUUUGUUCAGUUACUCUUUGAUCUUGCAGAUGUUUUUAGUAUCCACAACUGCCUGGAGUGAUUUUUUGUGGCAGAGAAUGAUUCACUACACUCAGAUGUGGUACUGGGCUUUUCAAACAAGUAGCUUGUUUACUUGGUUUCAGAAAUUACUUGGUCUCUAAAUUUCAAAAUGUAACUUUGUAUUGACAGUCUUUUUUGUGUUUUUCUCUAAUAAAUUGUAUUCCUUAGGCAACUUGUUGCAGCGCUGGAAUGUUCCCAUAAAACUGCAGAUGAGCAGACAAGUGGCUAGCUCUGGUGUGCCCGGGGGCAAAGGCAGUAGUUCUGGUUUUGUCCUUAUUGUGGGCUUGUCAACGUUAGGAGCGGGUGUCUAUGUAUACAGAACAUUGAAAGAAAACAAAGAGCGAUUCACCAGCCGCGUCACCUCAUUAACUACGCGAUCUCAAGAAAAAGCGUCUCCUUCUGAUACAGAUGCUGCUUCUCAGGGCACAGCAGCUCCGGGUGCUCGCCCUGAGGUCCCAUCUCAUGUUCCUUUCCUGCUGAUCGGUGGAGGAACUGCUGCUUUUGCUGCUGCCAGAUCCAUUAGGGCUCGUGACCCUGGUGCUCGGGUGCUGAUUGUGUCUGAAGAUCCUGCCCUGCCGUAUAUGCGUCCACCUCUUUCCAAAGAACUAUGGUUUUCAGAUGAUCCAAAUGUGACACAGAGUCUGCGAUUCAAACAGUGGAAUGGCAAGGAGAGGAGUAUAUAUUUCCAGCCGCCGUCAUUCUAUGUGCCUGUUCGUGAUCUGCCUUUUGUAGAAAAUGGUGGAGUAGCAGUUCUCUGUGGCAAGAAGGUUGUACAUAUGGAUGUUAGAGGCAACAUAGUGAAACUCAGUGAUGGUACUCAGAUAUCCUAUGACAAAUGUCUAAUUGCUACUGGUGGCUCCCCAAGGAACCUGCCUGCCAUUGAAAGAGCAGGAAAGGAUGUACAGCAAAGGCUGACACUGUUCCGAAAGAUUGAGGACUUCAGAAGUCUGGAGAAGAUUUCAAGAGAAGUCAAGUCCAUCACAAUUAUUGGUGGUGGUUUUCUCGGCAGUGAGCUGGCCUGUGCUCUGGGAAGAAGAGCACGAACCAGAGGCCUGGAGGUGAUUCAGCUGUUUCCAGAGAAUGGCAAUAUGGGCAAAGUCUUGCCUGAAUAUCUGAGCAACUGGACCACAGAGAAAGUCAGAAGAGAGGGUGUUAAUGUCAUGCCUAAUGCUGUGGUCAAGUCUGUCUCUGUCUGUGGCAAUCGGCUGAUGAUUAAACUGAAAGAUGGCCGAAAGGUGGAGACUGAUCAUAUCGUGGCUGCAGUAGGGUUGGAGCCUAACGUGGAAUUAGCAAAGUCAGCUGGACUGGAGGUGGACUCUGACUUUGGAGGGUUCAGGGUGAACGCAGAGCUCCAGGCACGCUCCAAUAUCUGGGUGGCAGGGGAUGCUGCCUGCUUCUAUGAUAUCAAACUAGGUAGGAGACGUGUAGAGCACCAUGAUCAUGCUGUUGUAAGUGGAAGACUAGCUGGAGAAAAUAUGACGGGAGCUGCGAAGCCCUACUGGCAUCAGUCCAUGUUCUGGAGCGAUUUGGGUCCUAAUGUAGGGUAUGAAGCCAUUGGCCUUGUUGACAGUAGUUUGCCAACAGUAGGAGUCUUUGCCAAAGCAACAGCAAAAGACACACCAAAAAGUGCAACGGAGCAGUCAGGGACAGGUAUUCGAUCAGAGAGUGAAACAGAAGCAGAAGCCUCAGAAGUUCACAUUUCUCCAAGCUCUUCACCAACGCCUCAAGUUCCAAAGCAGGGAGAAGAUUACGGCAAAGGUGUCAUUUUCUACCUCAGGGAUAAAGUUGUGGUAGGAAUCGUAUUAUGGAACAUCUUCAACAGGAUGCCUAUUGCUCGAAAGAUCAUCAAAGAUGGGGAGGAGCAUGACGAUCUCAAUGAAGUAGCAAAGCUUUUCAACAUCCACGAAGACUAAACUCCAGAAAGAGAACACUGCAGUGGGAGUGAGUAGGGCAGCAGGGGCUGCUGGCUGUGUGCACCCCUUCAUGUCAGACAACUUCCUCCGAGUACUUGUGAAUAUUUCCAGUCACCUAGAAUGUGACUAAUGUUUGCACCAAUAAAGUCAGAUUGUUCUAAA